AAAAAAAGAACAAAGCAUCAAAGUUGUUCUCUUACAGCAACAAAAUCACUUCGAUCCAAUUGGAGGGAGAUUUUAAUUUUAAAAGAUCUCCGUUGAAUCUUUUAUUUAAUUAUAUUUUGCGAGAUACCCAAAACAAAACCCUAGGCACUCUUCAUCUCGCAGCCAGAGAGCUUCGUUAUUCAUCCACUCCUAAUCUCUCCAGUGAUAUAAUCUGUGAUCAUGGCUGAUACACUUGAUUCCCGUCCUCACACAUUCUCCAUCAAACUCUGGCCACCGAGUCUACCCACAAGACAAGCCCUCAUCGAACGCAUGACCAACAACCUCUCUUCCAAGACCAUUUUCACCGACAAGUUCGGCAGUUUAACCAAGGACCAGGCCAUGGAGAACGCCAAGAGGAUCGAGGACGUUGCUUUCUCCACAGCUAACCAGCAGUUUGAGAGGGAGCCUGACGGUGAUGGCGGCUCAGCUGUUCAGCUUUACGCUAGAGAGUGCAGUAAAAUGAUCUUGGAAGUUCUCAAGAAAGGUCCCGUUGCUAAGGCCUCUGAAGAAGUAUCAUCUGCUUCUCCUCCUCGUGAAACUGUUUUCGAUAUUUCGAAAGACAAAAGGGCUUUUAUUGAAGCUGAGGAGGCUGAGGAGCUUCUUAAACCGUUGAAGGAAGAUGGGAAUGGUUAUACUAAGAUAUGUUUUAGCAAUAGGAGUUUCGGGUUAGGAGCUGCUCGUGUUGCUGAGCCUAUCUUGGCGUCUUUGAAAGGGCAGCUUAAGGUUGUUGAUUUGUCGGAUUUUGUCGCUGGGAGACCUGAGGUUGAAGCUCUUGAGGUUAUGAAUAUAUUCUCUAGUGCUCUGGAAGGUAGUGUUCUCUCAUCUCUUAACUUAUCAGACAAUGCGUUGGGUGAGAAAGGUGUUAGAGCAUUUGGGACGCUCUUGAAAUCUCUGAGCUCUCUGGAAGAGCUUUAUCUGAUGAAUGAUGGUAUCUCUAAAGAAGCUGCACAAGCGGUGUCUGAGUUGAUUCCUUCAACAGAGAAGCUGAGGGUUCUGCAUUUUCAUAACAACAUGACUGGAGAUGAAGGAGCUGUUGCGAUUGCAGAGGUUGUGAAGCGUUCUCCAUUGCUGGAGAAUUUCAGGUGUUCUUCCACAAGAGUUGGGUCAGAUGGGGGUGUUGCUUUGUCUGAAGCACUUGAGAGUUGUGCUCGUAUGGAGAAACUUGAUCUGAGGGAUAAUAUGUUUGGCACAGAAGCUGGAGUUUCUCUGAGCAAAACUCUCUCCAGCUUCAGUCAUCUGACUGAGCUUUACUUGAGUUAUCUGAAUCUAGAGGAUGAAGGUGCUAUAGCCAUAGCAAACGCUCUGAAGGAGUCUGCUUCUCCUAUUGAAGUUCUUGAGAUGGCGGGAAAUGACAUAACGGUUGAAGCAGCUUCAGCGAUUGCAGCCUGUGUAGCAGCAAAACAAGAACUGAACAAGUUGAAUUUGUCUGAGAAUGACCUGAAAGAUGAGGGUUGUGUCCAGAUUGCAAAGAGUAUUGAAGAGGGUCAUUUGAAAUUGCAAUACAUAGAUAUGAGCACUAACUACAUCAGAAGAGCAGGAGCACUUGCCUUGGCUCAGGUUGUUACUAAGAAAGAAGGCUUCAAGCUGUUGAACAUUGAUGCGAAUAUCAUAUCAGAGGAAGGCAUUGAAGAAGUUAAAGAGAUGUUCAAGGAAUCCCCAGAGUUGCUUGGAGCAUUGGACGAUAAUGAUCCUGAUGGAGAAGAAGAAGAUGAUGAGGAAGAGGAAGAAGAUGAAGAAAAGGAUGAGUUGGAAUCAAAGCUGAAGAAGCUUGAAGUUAAUGAAGAUGAUUGAGUCUUUAGUGAUGUUUACUUUUCAUUGCUUCUUUUGUUUUGUACCAAGGAUCAUUUUGGCUGAUGCUGCUACAUACAGAGAGACCAAAAAUAUUGAGACUUUGGUGUUAGUUUCAUUUUGCUGAUAUCUUAUCAAAUCCUCUUU